UGUACAUGGAAAAUGCUCGUAAAAUAUUAUAAUACAAUUAAAGAGACACGAAACUGGCUGCAUUACAUAUCAGGUAAUUAUGUUUCGUUACAUAACUGCUGCCUUCCUCUUUAAAUGACAAGAACUUCAUUAAGCGCACAUGCUUUAAAGAGCCAGCGCAAAAAAAAGGAGGAAUUCAGUAGUAAUGCGAUCGUUCCACAUCACUUUGAAUUUACUUUGUCAGUGUGUUAUUAAUACACUGCUUAGAUGUCUCCUUCCCGGCUGUGCAUUCAGAAGGUGAGGAUGGGUGUUACUGUGUGAGGAAUUAAAGAUCCUCCCAGCGGUUCUGUCCUUCAGACCGAGCUGGAGAUCAUGGAGGCUGGAUCUGUGGUUUUGUCACAGGACUCUCAGUGGUUCGUUUUUAAUGGUUCCUCCAACAGCAGCACACACACCCCCUUGCUCGAAGAAUCGCUCUUUGUGUCGGGAAGCCCUCGUCGUGUGUUGGGGACUGUAGGGAUGGUCAUAAUCAUACUUCUCACUGGCUCCAUAAGUCUACUUACAGUCCUGGGCAACGUCCUGGUUCUGCUUUCAAUCAAAGUCAACCGCAAUCUCCGAACCAUCAACAACUAUUUCCUUUUUAGUCUCGCCUGCUCGGACCUUAUCGUCGGUGUGUUUUCUAUGAAUCUCUACAUUGUUUACGUGGUGAAAGGAUAUUGGCCUUUGGGGCCGCAAAUGUGCGACUUGUGGUUGGUUGUGGAUUACGUGGUGAGUAACGCCUCUGUGAUGAACCUCCUGUUGAUCUGCUUUGAUCGCUACUUCUGCGUGACCCGACCUUUGAGUUACCCUACCAAACGCACCGCGAGGUGGGCUGGGGCGAUGAUUACGGUGGCUUGGUUACAGUCUCUGCUUCUGUGGGCUCCUGCCAUCCUACUUUGGCAGGCUGGGAGGGACCGAAGUAAAGUUCCUGAGGGACAAUGUUACAUCCUGCUACUUGCUAACCCGGCUGUAACCCUCGCUACGACCAUCCCGGCAUUUUACAUUCCCGUUAUAAUCAUGACAGUACUGUACACGCGGAUAUCCCUGGCAAGCCAGAGGCAGGUUCACAAGUUGAAACCUGAAUCCGCAAAUCUUUUUCAUCCAUCCAAAACAAGCAGAGUAAAGUCUCUUGCGAACCCUGACCUAGUGAAUGACAUUAAACCGUGCUCCUGCCAACAAGAGUUGGAUCUCGGUAGAACCAAACAACUCUUCAGCCUCCCUUCCGUAGAGUUCAGCAAAACUGAGUACUCCGUGGAUUCAAGUCCCGACGUUUCUGCCGAAGACCGAGGCCUGGAUGCGGAAGCUUCAAGACUGAAGAACUCGACUGAAAUGAACAGGAAAACACAAGCUGACUGUCUUCAAACCAAUGAUGCCGUUCAGGUUCAAAGGCAAACAUCCAAUAUGGUCUCCAAGAACGCCAAACGUAAAGCUCUGAGGGAGAGGAAGGUGACCAAGACUGUCCUUGCUGUUCUCCUGGCCUUCAUCAUCACUUGGACACCCUACAGUGUUAUGGUUCUGAUUGGUACCUUCUGCCGCUGGUGUGUCCCUGAGGUUCUGUGGAUGGUGGGCUACUUUCUGUGCUACGUCAACAGCACGGUUAAUCCUGUAUGCUAUGCGCUCUGUAAUGCCACCUUCAAGAGAACAUUCAAACGACUGUUGAGCUGCAAGUUCAAGAAUCUGACAUUAAAAUAACUCUUGAUCAAAGAGGAUCCUGAAUUUU